AUGACUUCCUCAAAAGAAUAUGGAUCCAAUUCUUGGGAGCUCAUUGUCACAGUCGAUCAUCAGUAUGAAGAAGAGCAAAAGGAAUUUACGCUUCGGGUCUCGGGAGAUCUACAUAUUGGUGGAGUGAUGCUCAAAUUAGUAGAACAAAUCAACUUAUCCCGGGAUUGGUCAGACUACGCUCUUUGGUGGGAGCAGAAGAAGUGCUGGCUUCUGAAGACCCACUGGACGCUGGAUAAGUGUGGGGUGCAGGCAGAUGCCAAGCUGCUCUUUACCACGCAGCACAAGAUGCUGCGCCUCUGCUUGCCGAACAUGAAAACCGUGCGGCUGAAGGUCAGCUUCUCUUCGGUGGUGUUCAAGGCUGUCGGUGACAUCUGCAAAACCCUCAAUAUUAGACGGUCGGAAGAACUCUCUCUGUUGAAACAGUCGGAAGAUACUUUGAAAAAGAAAAAGAAAAAAGACAAGAAUAACAAAGAACCCAUCAUAGAAGACAUUUUAAACCUGUACAACUCUCCAGUGAUUUCAGGAUCACCAGCAAGUCCUGGUUUAUACAGUAAAACUAUGAUUCCCAUUUAUGAUCCUGUCAAUGGAACACCAGUCUCUUCUACUAUUACUUGGUUCAGUGACAGCCCUCUGACCGCACCGAACUGCAGCAUCCUCGCCUUCAGCCAUCCCAACUGUUCUCCGGAAACACUGGCUGAAAUGUAUCAGCCUCGGACCUUAGCUGACAAAGCCAAACUUAAUGCAGGCUGGCUGGAUUCAUCACGAUCGCUUAUGGAACAAAGCGUCCAGGAGGACGAUCAGCUUCUCUUACGCUUUAAGUACUACACUUUCUUUGAUCUGAAUCCAAAGUAUGAUGCGGUGCGAAUAAACCAGCUAUAUGAACAAGCCCGGUGGGCCAUCCUAUUAGAAGAAAUCGAUUGCACAGAGGAAGAAAUGUUGAUCUUCGCUGCAUUACAGUAUCACUUAAGCAAGUUAUCGUUAUCAUCAGAGGCACAAGACUUCACAAAUGAAUCUGAAGUAGAUGAAGUGGAAGCUGCGCUUUCCAAUCUGGAAGUAACGCUGGAAGGUGGAAAAAUGGAUAACAUUUUGGAGGACAUUACAGACAUACCGAAACUUGCAGAUAAUCUCAGGCUCUUUAGGCCCAAGAAGCUAACACUAAAAGCCUUCAAGCAGUAUUGGUUUGUCUUUAAAGACACUUCAGUAUCUUAUUUUAAAAACAAGGAAGCUGGGCACGGAGAACCCAUUGAGAAGCUAAACCUAAAAGGAUGUGAAGUUGUACCAGAUGUAAAUGUAGCCGGGAGAAAAUUUGGAAUUAAAUUACUAAUUCCUGUUGCUGAUGGCAUGAAUGAAGUGUAUUUGAGAUGUGAUAAUGAGAAUCAAUAUGCGUGCUGGAUGGCUGCUUGUGUCUUAGCUGCCAAAGGCAAAACAAUGGCAGACAGCUCUUACCGGCCCGAGGUGCAUAAAAUCCUUUCAUUCCUGAAGAUGAAGAAUCGGAGCACGUCUCCGCAGGCGGUCUCCGAUCCAGAGAGCAUGGACAUGAAACCGGAACGCUUUGUCUCACCACGAUAUGCCAAAAAAUACAAGUCCAAACAGUUGGCUGCCCGCAUUCUGGAAGCCCAUCAAAACGUGGCACAGAUGCCGCUAGUGGAAGCCAAGUUGCGCUUUAUCCAGGCGUGGCAGUCCCUCCCUGAGUUCGGUUUAACAUACUACAUUGUAAGGUUUAAAGGAAGCAAGAAAGAUGAUCUGCUGGGAAUUUCCUAUAACAGGCUGAUUAGGAUCGAUGCAGCCACUGGGGAUCCUAUCACAACAUGGAGAUUCUCCAGUAUGAAGCAGUGGAAUGUGAACUGGGAAAUACGUCAGGUUGCAAUUGAGUUUGAUCAGAAUGUGUCCAUUGCUUUCACGUGCCUGAGUGCAGAUUGCAAGAUUGUCCAUGAAUACAUUGGAGGUUACAUCUUCCUGUCAACUCGUUCCAAAGACCAAAAUGAAACACUGGAUGAAGAUCUGUUCCACAAAUUAACUGGAGGACAGGAAUGA